AUGGCAAGUAGACCCAUCAAAGUUUUACUUAUAGGAGAUCAGGGGGUGGGAAAAAGCAGCAUAAGACGACAGCUAUACUACAAAGUCUUUAGUGAGUCCUACAAAGCUACUAUAGGCGCAGACUACUUGACAUCCAAAAUCCAUGUCAAUGAAUAUGAUGAAGAGGUGAUAUUACAGAUAUGGGACACUGCCGGCCAGGAGAGAUUCAAUAGCAUCAGCCAAAUUUAUUAUAGAGGCACGGAUAUCUGCAUAAUAGUCUAUGAUAUCUGCAAUAGUGACAGUUUUUACAAUCUUAAUAUCUGGGUGCAACAAUUCCUGAAUAAUUGUCAAGUAAGCAGGCCAACAAUAAUGAUCGUGGGAAACAAACUGGACAAGUCUGUCCUCAGACAGAUUUCUCUUAGACAAGCCCGGGAGUUUAGUGAAGAAAUUCAAGCUGAUCUUGUGGAAGAUGUUUCACAAGAUGUCAUAGAAGUUUCAGCUCGAGACUUCACACAAAUUGAAAACCUGUUUCAAAGGGCCGCAUUACUUGCUCUUCAGCGACAAAAUAGUGAAAAUGUACCCUCGUUAACGUUUGAUUCGGUGGAUUUUUCAACCAAUGAAAGAACCAAUGGGUCCCAAUCCUUACACAGUCCGUGCUCCUGUUAG